AUGAGUGUCAUUAUCCAGGAGCCAACCGGGCAAAACCGUCUACUAGUGAAGGGUGCUGUUGAGAGUUUGUUGGAGCGCACUUCACAUGUUCAACUGGCAGAUGGAAUUGCAAUGAGAAUUGCUGGAACUGAGAUGAGCAUUGAAAGAUUCAAGGCUAGAUUAGUGGCAAAAGGAUACAAUAAAAAAUGGGGAAUAGAUUAUGAUGAAACAUUUUCUCUUGUGAUUAAGAUGACUACUGUGAGGUGUUUGAUUGCCCUAGCUGCUAGCAAGAAAUGGGAUUUGUUUCAAUUAGAUGUAAAUAAUGCUUUUUUGCAUUGGGAUUUAAAUGAAGAAGUAUAUAUGCAUGUUCCUGAAGGCAUGUCUAAUCCUCACAAUAAGGUUUGCAAGCUUGUCAAACCCUUAUAUGGCCUCAAGCAAGCUAGUAGGCAAUGGUUUGCCAAGCUUGUGGGGGAGCUGAUACUCAAGGGUCACAUUACCAUCCUAGCAGUGUAUGUGGAUGAUAUAAUCAUCAGUGGUGAUGAUUUGAAUGUUAUCAAAGACAUCAAAGCUCACUUGGAUAAUGUCUUCAGCAUUAAAGACUUGGGUAAGUUAAGUUUCUUCUUGGGAAUUGAAAUUGGGUAUUUGGAUUCUGGGGUAUGUCUCACUCAGAAAAAGUUCACAAAAGAACUUAUUGCUACUGCUGGAAUAAGUAAUACAAAAGCAGUUGCCACUCCUCUACCCAUUAAUCUGAAACUGUCGGCAGAAGAAGCAUCUAAGUUAGUUUCUUCAAGCUCCAAGGUUCCACACUAUGAAGCUUUAAUGCAUGCUCUUAGAUAUGUUGCUUCUACCAUGGGUGAAGAUUCCGACUGGGGAACUUGUGUGAAUUCUAGAAGAUCCAUAUUAGGUUAUGUGUUGCAUUUUGGCAAGUCACCAGUAAGUUUGAAGUCGAAGAAGCAAGAAAUUGUCUCUAAGAGCUCCUCUGAAGCAGAAUAUAGGGCCAUGUUUGAAGUUACUUGGUUAGUGAGAUUGUUUGAAGAGCUAGGUGUGUCAAAGCUUAAACCAGUAACUCUUCAUUGUGAUAAUCAAAGCUCUAUAUACAUAGCUAAAAAUCAUGUGCAUCAUGAAAGAACAAAGCACAUAGAGAUUGAUGUGCAUUUUACUCGCGACAAGGUGCUGGAAGGACUUCUACAGAUCACAUACUUGCCUACCUCUUCUCAGUUAGUUAGCAGAUGUAUUCACCGAGAUCUUACCUUCUCAACUAAGGUUCACUUACCUACUUUCCAAACUUCGCAUGAUAGAUACCCUGCCUAG